AUGUCACAUACACUUUGGUCUCCAAUAGAUACAGUUAAAGAUGUUGCAGAUUCUUUAGGUUUAACAGAUUUGAAUGAUGAAGCUUCAAGAAAUUUAGCAAUGGAUGUUGAAUAUAGAAUUCAUGAAAUUUUGGAACAAGCUGUUAAAUUUAUGAGACAUUCGAAAAGAAGAACAUUAACCACAACUGAUGUGGAAAAAGCACUUAGAGUAUUGAAUGUUGAACCAUUAUAUGGUUAUGAUGUAUCAAGACCUUUAAAUUUUAAAGAAGCAUUAGUUGGAAACGGUCAAACUUUAUACUAUAUCGAUGAUGAAGAAGUUGAUUUUGAAAAAUUGAUUAAUCAACCAUUACCAAAAGUUCCAAGAUCUACAACAUUCACUGCACAUUGGUUAGCAAUUGAAGGUGUUCAACCUGCAAUUCCUCAAAAUCCAUUAGAAUCUGAAAUUAGAUCAUUAUUACCAGCUUCAAGAGGUGCUAUUACAAAUGUGUUGAAUAACAAUGAUUCCGCAGUGACUUCAAAUAAUAACACUACAAAUGGUCAUUCAACUAAUAAUAACUCCACAUCAGGGACUUCUUCAAAAGAUACAGAGAUUAAACCAUUAGUUAAACAUGUACUUUCCAAGGAAUUACAACUAUAUUUUGAUAAAGUUAUUCAAGCAUUAACAAACCAAGAAGAUACAGAAGAAGCAUUACAUUUCAAACAAGCAGCUUUAACUUCAUUACGCUCAGAUCCUGGAUUACAUCAAUUAGUUCCAUAUUUUGUUCAACUCAUAUCUGAACAAAUCACUCAUAACUUGAACAAUAUUGCUCUGUUAUCAACAAUGUUGGAAGUGAUAUAUUCAUUAUUAUCAAAUGAUAAUAUUUUCCUAGAUCCUUAUAUCCAUGCAUUGAUGCCAUGUAUCUUGACAUUAUUAUUGGCUAAAAGAAUCGGAUCAAAUAAUGAUGAUGAACAUUUCGCAGUACGUGAUUUCGCUUCAAGUUUAUUGGAACAUGUUUGUAAGAAUUACGGUAAGGCUUAUACAACAUUAAAACCAAGAGUGACACGGACUUUAUUAAAAGCAUUUUUAGAUUCAAAUAAACCAGUGGGGACAUUAUAUGGUGCUAUCAUUGGGUUGAAAAACUUGGGCGAUGAAGUUAUUAGGAUAAUCAUAUUGGGGAAUUUACAAAAUUGGUCAUUGAUUGUUUUGGAUUCUUUGAAAAAUGAUGAAAAGAGUUUAUUGAUUGGUACAAUUAUUAAAGCUUUAAGAAGUUUAAUCCCGGAAAAUGCUCCUGAUGAUGAAAUGGAUGUUGAAAUAAUUGAGGAUGAUAAACAAAAAUUACAGAAAAGAGUUGGUGAUGAAUUGGCUAAUGAAAUAAUAAAACAAGAUGAUAGUAAAAAAUUAAUUGAUGCUAUAUUUUUCGGUGAUUUAGAGAAAUGA